UUUUAACAUUUAUUUUCAGCGGUAUCUUCUAUAAAGAUAAUGGAGUAUAUUAGCGGUCCCAAUAAAUGGAGCAACGACUCUGGAUACUUGUGCGUGGCAAAUGCUGUAUUACCUCAGAAAAAUGACGUCGCCUUUCAAUGGGAAAUUGGAAGAUAUUUUACAGAUAAAACAGAUGAUAGAGUAGAAGCUGUGACUGUCCCUGCUUUUGACAAAUGUUAUACUGAGAUAUCUUCAUUCUAUCCAUGCAAUUCUUUAAAAAAUCCCGGUUCGUAUACAUCCGUCAAAUGUACAGUAUUUAACCAGACACGUACGAGAUCUGUCUAUACUUGGACUAAAGAUCGUUGCAAUACCGGUUCAGGUGUACAAUUCUCUAAAUGGGUUUUGAUCAUCAAUCUCAUUCUUCUGCUUCUGGAUGUUGCAAUUUCUCGCUAACCACAUCCCGUUUUGCACAAACAUUAUACUGAAACUUUGGAAAAUAAAAUUUCUCUUUUUUUA